AUGGCAGUACUACUGCUGACAGUUGUACUGACAGUUGUUGAGGAUGACAGUACUACUGCUGACAGUUGUACUCUAGAGGAUGACAGUACUACUGCUGACAGUUGUACUCUAGAGGAUGGCAGUACUACUGCUGACAGUUGUACUCUAGAGGAUGACAGUACUACUGCUGACAGUUGUACUCUAGAGGAUGACAGUACUACUGCUGACAGUUGUACUCUAGAGGAUGACAGUACUACUGCUGACAGUUGUACUCUAGAGGAUGACAGUACUACUGCUGACAGUUGUACUCUAGAGGAUGACAGUACUACUGCUGACAGUUGUACUCUAGAGGAUGACAGUACUACUGCUGACAGUUGUACUCUAGAGGAUGACAGUACUACUGCUGACAGUUGUACUCUAGAGGAUGACAGUACUACUGCUGACAGUUGUACUCUAGAGGAUGGCAGUACUACUGCUGACAGUUGUACUCUAGAGGAUGGCAGUACUACUGCUGACAGUUGUACUCUAGAGGAUGUCAGUACUACUGCUGACAGUUGUACUCUAGAGGAUGGCAGUACUACUGCUGACAGUUGUACUCUAGAGGAUGUCAGUACUACUGCUGACAGUUGUACUCUAGAGGAUGUCAGUACUACUGCUGACAGUUGUACUCUAGAGGAUGACAGUACUACUGCUGACAGUUGUACUCUAGAGGAUGUCACUUCUCUAUAG